AUGGAUGGGCGUGCCCAGGGUGAGAUCAUGAGAGUUGAUAAAUUCAACAUGGCCCAACAGCGUAUCAUACCCAAAUCUCCACUCACUGAAAUCACUGUUUACAUCUCCCAGUUACCAAGGAUGGUCCCCGCAAAGAGAACGUUCUCAACCGAUGCAGCUAAACCACGAAGGAAUGAAGAUGUUGAUAAAAGAAGACAGGCAGAUCGUAUGAGAGAGCUUCUAGAUCGGGCGGAUUCAAGCGACAAGCCCUACGAUGAAGUAAUCCGCUCGUUACAAGAAGAGAAUAGUUCGCUACGAAAGAGUCUCAUCGAGGUCCAAACAAAAGUAGCUCGACUGAUAGCGACAAUGCAGAAUUUGUCUGGAACAGUCACCAAAGCUCUUGACGACUCGGACUUAGGUGAAGCUGCACAUGAUUCAAACGAGUUGAUUGACGAUUGCAUAUCACCGAACGUCAGACGCGAUCUGCCAAUCUCGAAGAUCGAUAGUGCUCCAGACGAUCUAGACUUUCUGAAUGUUGGAAAAAUCAAUAGUGUUUUCGAAGAUAUAGCAACCGACACAGACUCUGCUUCACUCGCGGUGAUGCGCGAAUCAAGCCCCAGUGCAAGCCUUGAGACCACCUUCAACUUAUUAGCUCAACAGAUCCCCAGCAUUUGGUCUUUCGAGUAUCAAAUGGGCCUUGAUUCAUAUAAUAGCGCCCUUACAAGCAGCGAAGAGUCCAGUUUGACACUGGGAAAGGCAUGGACGGAGUCGAAUUCCCCAUUUUCAGAUCAUAUCCAUGUUCUUCAACGCCUCAUGAAAAGCAAAAUACAUCUCAAGAUGAGAUUAGCCGGCCAGACUAGCAAUUUAUUCUAUCAAGAGGUCCUGAUGGUACUCGCCCUCUUCAACAGUAUGACCCGGCCAGACGUCAUGCGAUGGUACGCAAAGACACGAUUCUAUCACAUUGUCAACCUCACGGCCUGGCAAAUCAUGCCCUGUACACGGACAUUCAACGCUAUCCAUCCGCAAUACAAGCCAACCUCCCUACAACUGCAAACUGCCUACCCCAAAGUCAUAGACUGGAUACCAUUUCCAUCAAUUCGCGAUCGCCUAAUCCAGUUACACGCGGCGAAUCCAAAGAUCGAUCAAAUAUUCUGCGACACUGUUAGCAGCUACGUUGUCGAGACCUGGAUGUCGGAUCUCAUCGAGGGAGCUCCAAUGACAAAGGCCUAUGUUCGCGUUACCGACCUUAUACCGAAUAUUGAUUCCUCCAUGACAACUGACGCAGAGACCUUCCCACUUGGUGUCAGUCUCCCAGCCCCUGAUGUAGCCACGCUCUUCUCGUCUUCAGAGUACUGCCGAGCGGUGUUUGAUCACUUGAAAAUGGACCGUGAUGUGUCCAAUUACAAACUCGACCCGGCUUUCUUUGCGAACUACCCAGAACUGUAUGAUCACGGUUCUGAUAUUGCUGCUGAGGGGAUUCCGCUUCGACCUGAAGUUCAGACACGGUUGACUUGGCCAAAGCCUCUUGAGUCUCAGACAUUUCAGACAUACCGAUACUUUAUUGACUUUGCUUACGAUUGGCCACUAUGUGUGCCAGGUGUAGCAGGUUGA